AUGGGACAGGAGUCUACCGUGGAAUCAAAGCCAGAUGCCACCUCGUGUGGCCAGAAGUGCAUGGAGCGCCUCAACAACAUGUUUUCUCACCGCGCCCUUCUGCUAAUGAUGGUCACAAUUGCUCUUUUCCUCGAUAACAUGCUGCUGACAACUGUUGUACCCAUAAUUCCGAGUUUUCUGAUGACAGCGAAGGCUCAUCAGCUGGUAAACUCAAUCAUCAACUCAACGUCUUACAACUGUACAUCAAAGGAGCUCCUUGUGAAUACUCUCAUGGAUGCGGUGAUGCACUUCACGCCUGUCUCAUGGGCGAGCAGAGCCCACGUCGCCUUUUCCACGAGCGACUUUUUGGACACCUCAACUGCCUCCGCAUCGGAAGUCAAACGUGCUAAAGGUCUGCUUACGCGCCUACACAAGCUCGCUUUGGACUGUGAUUUGAAUUUGACAAUGAUCGCAGAGCAGGUGCGCCAGUCGCACAUGGAGAGAGAAAACUUCCGAAUUGGGAUGCUGUUCGCGUCAAAAUCGAUCGUUCAGCUGGUCGUCAAUCCGUUUGUCGGGCCACUCACAAAUAGAAUCGGAUACUCCAUUCCCAUGUUCACCGGGUUCCUGGUCAUGUUUACGUCUACAGUUGUUUUCGCAUUUGGCAAGACCUACAACGUCCUCCUCGUGGCGAGAGCGAUGCAGGGCGCCGGUUCAGCGUGUUCCAGUGUCUCAGGUAUGGGGACAAUCGCCACGUACUUUACAGACCCCAAGGAAAGAACAAAGGCCUUCGGAACGGCCCUCAGCGGACUCGCAUUCGGUGUUUUGGGUGAGAUUUGUUUCAGUGAAAUUGCCAUUCCGUGUGGCCUCUUUCUUGCUGUCUCAAGAAAGCUUGGUCCAACUUUCGGUGGAAUCUUCUACCAAUUCGUCGACAAGAAGGCACCUUUCCUGCUGCUUGCCUCGCUCUGUUUACUUGAUGGACUCCUCCAGCUCGCAAUUUUGAAACCAGCAGUUCGUCCAGAGCAACAACGUGGGGCCCCAAUUUUGAAUCUGCUCAAGGACCCAUACAUUCUCGUAGCUGCAGGUGCUCUUACCUUCGGAAACAUUGGCAUUGCCAUUCUCGAGCCUGCCUUACCAAUGUGGAUGAAAGAACACAUGAACGCGGAUAAUUGGGCUCAGGGGAUCGCGUUUCUUCCUGCAAGUGUCUCCUACCUCCUGGGAACGAAUGUUUUUGGCCGCGUGGCACACCGCAUCGGCCACUGGCUGAGUGCACUAUUAGGGAUGAUUCUUUGCAGUGUUUGUCUUCUUUGUAUUCCUUUUUGUAAGCAACUGGGACAUUUGAUAGUUCCAAAUUUCGGACUCGGCUUAUCAAUGGGCAUGGUUGACGCUUCAAUGAUGCCUCAAAUGGGAAUUCUUGUAGACCUUCGACACGUCGCCAUCUAUGGAAGCGUGUAUGCCAUUGCCGAUGUCGCCUUCUGUCUCGGCUUCGCCAUUGGUCCUGCGGUUGGUGGCUCGGUGGCGCAGUCAGUCGGUUUCAGCUGGACAAUUUGGGGCAUUGCGAUUGCCUCCGCCCUGUACAGUCCCCUUCUGCUCUUCCUACGGAAUCCGCCCAGUCGCGGUGAAACACAGCCCUUGAGAGGGGGAUCGGAGGUGGCGCCGGGAGACGCCGCAGCCGCAAAGACCACCCUGGGCGAAACGCUGGGCUACGACCCCACCGAGGGCGGACAGAAGGUCUACGGCUACGGCGAGGAGUGA